UGACUCUGACUCAUGUCUGUCGUAUGUGACAUUUUCGAAGUGUCAGUAAACGCAACAGAGAGACAACUCCCAGACGAGGAGUAGCACUUUGGAUGUCUGUUGCAAUGACAGGACCCAGCUACAGUAUGGGUCAAAGUGGCAACUCUCUUUGGACUCAGCUCUUCCCGAGCAGCCCGUCCCCAUGUGAUCGCUACAAACAUGCCUCCUGCAGCUAUGAUGGGAAUGUUUAUAUUCUGGGAGGCAGAGACAACAGCUGUCUGAGGGACUUCUGGAGAUACAACAUAGUGUGCAAUGAAUGGACUGAGUUGAGCUGCACCAGUGAAGCUGCGCCAGAAGAGCUAGAGGAGCAUUCGAUGGUGGCUCAUGAGGGCAUCCUCUAUGUGUUUGGUGGCAUGCUGGAUUCUGCAUACACCAAGUGCAAAUGUGCUCUUUGGGUAUUUGACAUUGACAAGCAGAAAUGGGUGCAGAGCCAAGAAAAGCCCAGUAUCCGUCAGGCCCAAAUGCCAACUAACAGAAAGGGUCACAGUGCUGUGGUAAUGGGCUCUGCUAUGCUGGUAUAUGGAGGUUAUGUGGACAUUAAAGGUUCUUCACCGGACUUUUGGAGUUUAAACUUUGAUACAAUGGCUUGGUCCCAGCUAAGUGAGUCUCAGAACAGCUCAGGUCCAGGCCCCAGACACAAUCACUCAGCUGUUGUCUACGACAAUUGCAUGUAUCUCUUUGGGGGCUUACGAGGCCUGCGAGAGCUAAGAGACUUCUGGAGAUGGAAUUCCAGUAGCCAUAUGUGGACUUCUCUCAGGACAAAGUCUGGUCCUUCUAAGUUGAUAGGGCACUCAGCUGCGACCUACAAGGACUGCAUGCUUGUUUUUGGGGGAGGCGAGAUCCAGAACACACCAACUAACAGCCUGUGGAGGUACAGCUUCACCAGUCACACGUGGUGGCAGGUUGCUGUACACCCUGGCUGUAAUGCCCCAAGCAAGAUUCACCACAGCUGCACUGGCCUGGGUUCAAGCUAUGAGGCCAACACCAUUGUUCCUUCUGUCGGCUCAAGACUAAACGACAAACACAGACCCUUUAAGAACAGGUGCUUUCCUGCUUCUCUCACUUCCCUCGAGUCAGAGGGAGCUAUAGAGAUGGAGACAUUCCGCCUGGAUAAGUGUUAUGCUGGUGACUCUUUCAGUAGAUGUUCAGAACUGGAGAGCAGCAAUCAGGACUUGACAGGGAACAAGGAUCCCGAAAAGACAGGGAACUGUCUGACUUUUGAGAAAGCCAACAGGACACUGUGGAGCUACAAAAAGGAUGAUCUUCUCCAAGGGGAGGAUGAAGACAUAGUCAAACACCUGCCUGACCUGCUACUAGUCAUAGGAGGAAGACCGUUAACUUGUCACAGCCCUAUCUCCAUAUGGCACAUGACUCUGACUGCUUCCUAGCAGUGAGCAAUAGAGUGAUGAUGGCAGAAGUGUUCUGAAAAUUAUAUUAUUUUAAAUAUAAAUAAAUAUUAUUACUGUUAUAAUAUGACAGUAAUAUUAAUAUUGACACAUCUAACUGGAUUUAUGUUUCUGUGGUAGAGCUGCCUUCACACAAUUGGUUUGUCUAUAAAUUAUAAAUGAAUUUAUGCACAUUAAUAACACAACAUUCAUUGAAAUCAUGGGCAAAAUAAGACAUGUUUUCACACACAGAUCUGUUUAUUUAAAUUUAACUUCUAUACAUGCAUAAUAUAUAUUUUCAGAGGGCAUCUGAGUGAGAUUUAAUGCUCUUGAAUGAAGUGUUAACUGUAAUGUUCCAAUAAAAAUUGAGCUUCACA